UGAACAUCUACAUCACGAUUGUCUGUUCGAGUGGAUGACCUACACGGGUUUCGGACUCUUACAAUUUUCAGACUGUAUCAUACUCAAUUCCGCUUGACACACUUCAAGAUGUUCGCCAUCCAACCAGCCCAGAACUCGUCCAACGAGACACCAACCGAUAAAUUCACUCCGAACAUCCUGCCCUGUCGCAUUCACCACGAUGGCCCCGUUGAAACUCUAGGCCGCUACUGGAAUCCCACCUCUGAUGAGAAAGAUCAGAACCUGCAAACAGCCUACUUCCGCGGCCGCAAGCUAAGGGGCCGCCGAGUCGCGAUUCCCGAAGGCUACGAGGGUGUCAUCGCAACCCCCACAGACCGUACGAUGCCUACUACCCGUACAAGCGCCGACGUCGAGGUCGAGGAAAUCACACCAGAAGAACCUGUGAAGGUCCUUGAGAAGCAAGGCACAUUUGAUGAAUAUGUUGUCUGGGGACAUGAGUUUGUGCCUGCGGCAGAUGAGACCUUCGUUAAGGGAGUGGAGGAGUGGAUCAAGCUUGCUGAAGUGAUGCAUACGACUCCUGACAGUAAAAAGCAGCCGUCUACUUGAGGCAAGGCCUACAGUGAACAAUAUCAUUUCAGUACGAGGACUGCAAACUCUGCGUGCCCAUAGGACUGCGUUCUCUCGUCACUGGAUAGGUUCCCUAAUCGACCUGGUCAGCACACGCGCAAAGUCCCCUACUCGAUGCGUUCCUCGCUGCAUAUACGAAGAUACACCACCAGCCUACUGCAACCAGCCAUGUACGGACAAGGGCUAUGCUAGAGCCGUGACACUAGCGGCAGGCCAUAGGUGGAAGGGGACGUCCAAGCUCCGAGGGGUCGCUUUAUGCAAACUGCGAUCAGCUGGGGGAGGCUACCAGAUUCAAGGACCAGCAUUGGGGCAUCAGGCCAACUGUGCAUGACUAGAUAUACCCAGCGGGGGAAGUUUCAUAACACCAACUAUCUAGAUAGCUGUCCAUAGAGCCAAGCCAAUACCAC